CCCUUAACAGAGGACAGGGGGACAGCGGAUAUACUGUACUGUUACCGUAAAACAUUUCAGGUCCCGGUUUGUCGCCACUAACUAGGCAUGGCUGUCUGGUAAUGUGGACAGUCGGCUGUGAAAGCCAUCGAUGUCGCUGCCGUCCCGCCGUGCCUUUGAGAGUCCUGCCGGGCCGAGACUUACCAACAUGGCCUCAGCGAUAACGUUACCCCGCUGCACAUCUGUCAGACUCCCCGCUGUGGCCACUGUAGUCCUGCUCCUAAUGUCGGUGACCACUGUACAAGCAUCUCAAGGCGACAAGGAGCCGGUUUAUCGAGACUGUGUGAAGCAAUGUGUCCGGACCAACUGCACCGGAGCUCGGCUACGGGGGUUUCAGUCUGCCCAGCCGCAGUACAUGGCGCUGACAGGUUGGACGUGUCGUGAUGACUGUCGCUAUCAAUGCAUGUGGACCACGGUGGGCCUUUACCAGGCCGAGGGGUACAGAGUCCCACAGUUCCACGGCAAGUGGCCAUUUGCACGCUUCCUGUGUUUUGAGGAGCCAGCUUCUGCCCUGGCCUCUCUGCUGAAUGGCCUGGCUUGCCUUCUUAUGCUGCUGCGCUAUCGAGGCACGGUGCCUCGCCAGAGCCCCAUGUACCCCACCAUCAACGCCUUCUCUCUGGUAUCUCUUAAUGCCUGGUUCUGGUCCACUGUGUUUCAUACCCGGGACACCUAUCUGACCGAGAAAAUGGACUAUUUCUGUGCAACAGCAGUCAUUCUUUACUCAAUUUACCUUUGCUGUGUCAGAACAUUGGGUCUGAGGCGACCUGGGGUGUCCAGCAUGGUGGGAGUCCUGCUCAUCUUGGCCUUUACCUCGCAUGUGUCCUACUUGACCUUUGUCAAUUUUGACUACGGCUACAACAUGGCUGCUAACGCCACCAUUGGCAUGGUGAACCUCCUGUGGUGGCUGUGUUGGUGCUGGCAGAACCGGCGAACCCUGCCAUACUGGUGGAAGUGCGGCCUGGUGGUGCUGCUGCUUCAUGGUCUGGCCCUGCUGGAGCUGCUGGACUUCCCCCCAAUGCUCUGGGUUCUAGACGCUCAUGCUGUGUGGCAUCUCAGCACCAUACCAGUGCACUUCCUUUUUUACAGUUUCCUGAUAGACGACAGCCUCUACCUACUAAACACAGAGAAGAUGGGUGUCAAAGUGGAAUAGGAAGAGCUCAUCACCUCUUCGUCAAGCCUAGGCCCUCGCACCUCUCUAAUCAGGGCAGCCGGACACCUGAACAUGGAAGUAGCUCAGCCUCCCAGAUGACAUGCAUGACACCACUAUGACUUCCAUCAAAGUAGACUUUGUUUACAGUUCUCUUGUUUGUUUGUUUUUUUUGUUUUUUUUACAUCACAAUUGAGGCUUGCUCUACUUAACCUUGGCUUGUGCUGACAUGUGCUCUUUAAUUCUUUUGACAUUUAUCAGAACUGGAAAACAGGGUGAGUGAAAAAGUUUUUGUGUUCGAACACAGAAAACUGUUACGAUUGGUAUCCGUCUCAUGGGUGCUUCUGAAAUUGAUCCCUUGAACUUGGAAGUCUGGCUUAGCUCUGCACAAAUGGCAGUUUACUGUGGCUGACAAUAGAUGGCACCAAAUCCAUUGCUAGGCCCUCAUAACUGACUGCGUUUGGUACAGCAUGUGUCCGGGUCUAUCUGUGCCAAAAGUGGACUGGUGGACACGGAGAGGUGCCC